UCUCCCCUUUCUCGGCGACUCAAGUCCCGAAUGGGCCGCGGCGGCCUCGGAACAGACCUAGAGGGAGGCAGUCUGCACGACCGCUAGAACCUGGCCAUGGAGCCCGGGGAGACGGGGAAGGAAAAACACACAUGAACUGCGUGGAUGUGCAGGAUUCCACCCGAGAGAAAGAACUGUACCUACCACCUCAAAAGAAAGCUUGCCUUGCCCACUUCAGUGCAGAGGAAGACUGGACAGGAAGAAACAAGAACCUCCCAGAGCCCCGUUCUAUCCAGAAGUUGUGGUUCACCCAGUUUCCGUGGUUGGUCAUGAAUGAGGAACAGACGGUUCUGUUUUGUGCUGUCUGCCGAGAAUACUCAUCAGUCAGGGAUAGAAGGUCAAGAUUACUAGAAGGCGUCACAGGACCAUUCAAGGUGGAAACUCUCAAAUACCAUGCCAGGAGCAAGGCCCAUCUGUUCUGUGUCAAUGCCCUGGCUGCCAAGGACCCCAUCUGGGCAGCCCACCUUCAGAGUCUCAGGGAGAGUUCUGCAGAUAUCCCGGCCAGUCCUGAACACCUCUUCACCGCAGAAUAUCCCACCUUCUACCCUCCAGGGCCCCUGGGAGACUUUGAUGGCCUAGCUGAGCUCCAGUCAAGCCCAGGAACUGAACUAGAGGACCCUCCAGGGAGUGGAGCCGUCCCUGCUUUGCAUCUAGACUGCAUGUCAGAUUUGAGGCGAAAGGAAACUGGCAGUGACAUCCUCAGUCCCUCAAAUAGCAGCACUUUAUAUAAAGACACAAUUGAAUUCUGCAGCCAGCAGGAGGCUGAGUGCUGCUCUGUGUUGCAGGAACCUCCGGACAGUGAGCAGCUAAAGGCGUCCAGGGCACUCGAGGAGCUCCCUGCAGCGUUUGAGGAUGUGGUGGUGUACUUCACUCGGGAGGAGUGGGGACUGCUGGACAGGCAGCAGAAGGAGCUCUACAGAGAUGUGAUGCGAAUGAACUACGAGCUGCUGGCAUCCCUGGAGCCACCUGAUGCCAAGCCAGAUUUGAUCACAAAACUGAAACGGAGAUCCACACCCUGGAUCAAGAACCCCAAUGGGCUACAGUCAGGGAGAAGUCGCUCCCUAGGGAAAAAGAAGACUGUGGCAGUGAGAGAAGCCGACAUCCAAACCCAGGCCUCAGCUGCAGAUCCCACCUCACUUCCAGCCUCCGUGGAGACAUGUCCCUCUCACUGUCCUUCCAGCCUGUGUGGAGGAAAAGUGGGCGGACCUGGGAGAGUCAAGAGGACGUACAGGCCCCGUUCCAUUCAGAGGUCAUGGUUUGGGCAGUUCCCCUGGUUAGUAUUGGACUCCAAGGAGACCAAGCUGUUCUGCUCUGUUUGCAGAGAGAGACCAACAAUCCACGAUAAGUCAUCUCGCUUGGUCCAGGGUUACACUGGGCCUUUUAAAGUGGAAACUCUGAGAUACCAUGAGGUCAGUAAGGCACACAAACUGUGUGUCAACACCGUGGAGGUCGGAGGUGACAGCCCUCAGCCUACUCUCACUCCGGAGAUCUCCAGCGACCUCGUGGCCAACAUGGAGCACCUCUUCAAUGCCGCCUACUCCAUUGCCUACCACUCCAGGCCUCUGAAUGACUUUGGGAAGGUCUUGCAACUCCUCCACAACACCGGCACCGCGCUAUUGGGCAAGUACCGGAAUCGCACUGCCUGCACACAGUUCAUCAAGUAUAUCUCCGAGACCCUGAAGAAGGAGAUCCUCAGAGACAUUCGGAGCUCCCCGUGUGUGAGCCUGCUGUUGGACAGCUGCUCGGACUGCUCCGACCAGGCCUGUGUGGGGAUCUACGUGCGCUACUUGAAGCAGGCGGAGGUGAAGGAGUCCUACAUCACCUUGGCCCCUCUCCCCAGUGAGACAGUAGAUGGGUACUUCGAGACCAUCAUUGCUGCCCUGGAUGAGCUGGAUAUCCCUUUCCGGAAGCCUGGCUGGGUGGUGGGCCUGGGGACUGAUGGGUCUGCCACGCUGAGCCACAAGGGAGGCCUUGUGGGAAAGCUCCAGGAGAUCAUCCCUCAGAUGCUGCCUGUGCGCAGUAUCACCCACCAGCUGCCUGUGGCCGUGCUGGAUGCUUGUGGGAGCAUCCCUCUGGUGAGGAGGUGCGAUCGGCACAUCCGGACUGUCUUCAAGUUUUAUCAGUCCUCCAGCAAGAGGCUCGGUGAGCUUCAGCGCAGCGCUGGUCCCCUGGAGCAGGAGAUCAUCCGUCUGAAAGACUUGACCGCUAUCAGGUGGGUGGCCAGCCAAAGGCACACUCUGGACAUGCUCAUCGGGAGCUGGCCCGCCCUGGCUAGGCACCUUCAGAGUGUGGCGGAGGCUGGGGGCCAGACUGGCCAGAGAGCCAAGGGCAUGCUGAAGCAGAUAAAGGGCUUCCAUUUCAUCAAGUUCUGUCACUUCCUUUUGGAUUUCCUGAGCAUCUACGGGCCUCUGUCUGAGGUCUGCCGGAAGGAGUUAGCGUUGGUCACAGAAGUGAAUUCUACCCUGGGGCAUGCCUAUGUGGCCUUGGAGAGUCUCUGCCAACAGGCGGGGCCUAAAGAAGAAGAGUUCAAUGCCAGCUUCCAGGAUGGGCAGUUCCAUGGCAUCUUCCUGGACAGAGUGGAGAUGGCAGAGCUGUGGUUCCAGGCAGACAGAGAGAGAACAAUCCUGACUGGGAUCCAGUAUCUCCAGCAGAGGUUUGAUGCAGACCGCCCCGCACUGCUCAAGAACAUGGAGGUGUUAGACACCACAGCCUGGCCCUAA